GGCGGCGGCGGCGGCGUUGGUUGUCACAGGGAGAGGCGUGUCAGGAGAACGUGCGAAGGGAGGGAGUGUUUCCCAGGAGGGUUUUAAUUUGUGUCAUGGCCGAGGAGGAGGAGGCGGGUCUCGGCCUCCCUACCUGGCAUCUUUACCUCCCGCCCCCCAGAUUUUUAGAAGGCCCAGACCUUAGGGCGGUGUGGCGUCAGCAUGGACGGCAGUCCCCCUGAGCAGGUGCAGAGUGCCUUCCCCCUCGCCCCUUUGAGGGAGGGGCAGAGGGGUGGCCGCGUCAGUCCGUUGCAGCAAAAGCCGUAAAAGAGGCGUGUGGCGCCCUGGAGGAGGCCGGCAGCAUUAUUAUGGCGUAGCGCAAGGUUUUUGGGGGGUGGGCUGCAGCUUUCCUUCCUUAAAUGCAUCUGAUGAAGUAAGACUCUCCAGACCAUGAAAAGGUUACGCUGUGGUAAAUGUGUUGCAGCACAGUCCUAACUAUGACUACUCAGAAGUAAAUCCUGUUGAAUUCAGUGGGGCUUGCUCCCAGGCAAAUGGGGAUAGGACUGCAGCUUUAGUCUUCAAGUUGCAUCACAACAUUAUUUGGUUUUGCUAUAGAGAAGUUAUUCUCUUAUUUCCGCAUUCCAAUACUAACUACAAAAUUUGGGGCUUCUGGGAGGAACAGAUUUUAGAUCAAAUACUUUAAUCAUCUUAAUAACUUUAAUGCUCCUCUUUGUGUGCUACACACACACACACACACACACACACACACAUUUUAUCUUAUUUUAAAACACGGCUGGGGAAUAUGUGAUGUUGCUGAACUCCAGCUGCCAUCAGUCCCAGGCAGUAUGGCAGUAAGGGGUGAGGGGAGCUUAUCCCUGCUUUAAAACUGUCAGUCUGCCGUGAGUGCAGUAUAUUCAGUUGAAGAGUACGAUAUAAAUUGCCUGAAACACGUUUGUGCAUGCUGGUUUUUCUUGGAAGCUUGUGCAGGAUUGCAGCCUGACAAUGUAGUUCUAUGCACAUGCCCUCAAAAGUUUAACGGGACUUUUCCCCAGGUAAGUAUGUAGUUAAUUGUAACAUUAGCCCCUUGUACCAAAAAUAGCUUACAGAAGUACUUUAUCCCUACCUACUAAAAACAAAAAGCCCUUGCUAGGCCUAUUCAUUAUUUAGUAAAAUGCUUUAAUGGCAUAAUAAAUGUGCUGGUCUUUAAGAUGGCAUGAGUCACUGUUUUUUGUUUUCCUGUGAUGUAUAUGAGAGAGAAGGGGGAGAUUGUUGUGAUGGGAAAGCAUAUAUGAAUAGACUACAUGGGCAGUGUGCAUUUAUGUUAAGCUGCAUUUGGAAAAGGUGUGAGGUUAGCACCAUAAUAGCUUCAUCAGAUUUGGAUAGAAAGGAGAGGAGAUGUCACCUGUGGCUACCAGGUUAGUGCUUAGAUGCAGGGCUGUUGAAAACUGAUAGAUGCAUCCAGUAUAGUACCAUAAAUUCUCAAUAUGGUUCAGCCCAUCUCAUGGCAAAAUUUCGGAGUUCCUGGACCAAAGUGACUCAGUGCAAAGGGCAUUUUGCCUCUCUUAUAUCUUAAGUAGAUGUUAACUGUGAUUUUUCUUUUUCAAGUGUUUAUUUGUUAAAACAUAUCUGCCCCACCAUUACACUUGAAAACAGCACUACCUAGGCAACUCAAAGCUUUCUUAAAACAACUCAGUUGAACAGCAAUAAAAAACAAGACAAAAAUAUAUAUUGAAUAAAACGGCAUCUGCUGGUUUUAUGCUUGUUGCUCAGAGUGCAUUAUUAAAAAGCACAUAUAAACAAAACUAUUUUAAAGCAGAUGCCUAAGGCCAUAUAAAGAGACAGCUAGGCAAACUUUCUGUAGUAUAGAGUUCCAUAACUUGAGUUCUGUCUCUGAGAAUGCUAUGCCACUGUUGCCCACCAGGCCAUACCUCAUAUGGAUGCAGGGCAGAGGCCCCAAAGCAUCCAGGCAGGUUUAAGAAGGUGGAAGUGGGCCAUUCAGACAGUUCUGUGGGCUAUACAGGUGGGCCCAUUCCUCCUUCAAUAGACAAGGUUGGAGAGCACUUAAGGCAUACAAGUCGAGAAUCCUUACACACACACAGAGAGAGAAAAACACCCCCUCCUUCCCCAUUUACCAGUGUAAAGUGAGCGAAAUGUGAGUGCAUUAUGAUUUCUUUUCAGCUGAGAAAGCUGUUGAGUUGUCCUCAGCAAUAGAUUUUAAUCUCUGAUCUGCUGUUCCUGCUACUGACCUUGUUUAAUCUCUCUCUGGCUUCUCUUCCUUAAGCUGCAGGCUCCUGUGCAGACAGUGCCUUCACUCAACAUAAACAGCAUGUGAGCUGGGGAUAGAUAAGCAACAACUCCACUGAACGCCUCUGGCUGAGUGACUUGCCAAAGAGCCCAUCACUGUCAUGCAUGGUUAUCCUUGGUUGGCUGAGUUGUGAUAUCAUUAGCCGUGUGUGCCAGUCUGUUGACCUUGUCUCAGAGCAGAGGAGGCUGCUGAAGGCUCAGCUUUCUAACACUUUUAUCAGACCUGUUGCUGCUGAGGGGAAAAAAUUUGGUGGCUUUUUUCUUCUGAAGAAUGUAACAAACAUAACAGGAAACUAGAAGUCAUUGGUUAGCACACUGGGAGAUCUUAUUGAUGCAGAGUCAGUCGUAUGAAAGUGGGAACAACUACAAAGGGUGGAAUACUAUGAAGCUCGUGCACAAUCUGGAGCUGCAGUUUUGACCUUCGACUUACUUGUUCCUGUUUGGUCAGAGAUGGAAGCAGAUUCAACUGUUCCAAUUUGGCAGAACAAACCUCAUGGCUCGGCACGCAGCUUUGUGAGAAAGAUUGGGACAAACCUUCCUUUGAAACCGUGUCCUAGAGCAUGCUUCCAGGAAUUACCUAAUGUUUCAGAUCUUUAUUUAAAUGACACGCCCCCUGUCCCCACUCUGGCAGAUGUAGCAUGGAUAGCUUCAGAUGACGAAGAAACAUAUGCUAGAGUCAGGACAGACAGUCGUCCACUAAAGCACAAAUGGAAGCCCACGCCACUUUUCGUUAUUCAGCGGAAUGCCUCUGUCCCAAAUUUGAGAAAGCAAGAAGAAAAGCUGCUGGCUUUGAAGAAACCGGGUUUACCCGCUUUGAGUCGGACAACAGAACUCCAAGAUGAACUGAGCCAUCUGCGUAGUCAGAUUGCUAAGAUUGUAUCAGCAGAGUCAGCUUCCACUUCAUUAACACCAGAUUUAUUAUCACCAGGAAGUUCAAAUGUCUCUUCUCCCUUACCUUGUUUUGGAUCCUCAUUCCAGUCUACAACUUCCUUUGUCAUUAGUGACAUUACAGAGGAGGAGGCAGAAUUAGAAAGCCCAGAGCUUCCAUCCGUUUCCAUGCUUUGUUCUGCAACCUCUGAAUGUUGUAAAGCAGACCCAAAGGAUUCCGACGACGAAGAUUCGGUGUCCCUGUCCAAGGCCAGCAGUUUUGCCGACAUGAUGGGCAUUCUUAAAGACAUUCAUAGGAUGAAACAGAACAAAGACUUGAACAGAACUUUACUGAAAGAGGAGGAUCCUGCAGUUCUUAUAGCAGAGGUUUUAAGGAAAAAGUUUGCCUUGAAGGAUGAAGAUGUAAACAUGAAGAACUAAAAUUAUGCUCAUUGGUUACCUUGUAAAGCAAAUUAUCGUGCUCCUCAGAUCUUUCUCCACAGUGGCUGCCUUCCUUGAACAUCAAAAGUCCUUUAGGGAUUAGGUUUCUACUCUGUAUGUGCGUGUGUUGGAGGGAGAAAUAAUUCCUACCCAAGCAGAACUGUGAAUUUGCUGUUUUCCACACAGCCAAGAGAGACUUUAAAAAGGUAAAUGGUUUUCCACAUUUUGAACUGAAGCAUUGUUAGCAAAGUAGCGAGAUGAAGUAAAAAGGAUCUAUUCAUAAUUUUGCUGAAAUUCUGAAGCCUGUGAUAACUUACUGAUAGAACUGUAUUCCAUCCACGUUCAGGUAGAGAUGUUUUUAAAAUUGAGUCAUUUGAAAAGGCAUUUUCUCUUUAUCUCCAGACUUUAACCUUUCAAGGCAAUCAAGUACCUUAUCAAAGUGGAUAGUUAUUCCAGCACUGGCUGACAAGGAAAGGGAGGCACACCAUAUAACACUUGUAACCAGGUGGAGAGGUGGUAUACUUGCAGCCUUCAACCACAUGCUUACCAAGGGUUACCAAGGCUACCUCCCCUCCAGAGGGUUUUUUGGGGGGGGGAACCUAGGAGUGAAAGUCUGGGCAAUGUAAGAAAAUAUUGACUCCCCAUUAAGUACAUGCAUUACAAGUGAGCUUUAGCGUGGCUGUCUGAAUCCAUCCUCUUGUUGACUUGGGGAGAGAAGCUUCAUAGCUGUCUGUGCCUCCUAUGGAAGUUAGAUUGCUUUUACCGUGCAAAUACUAAACUGAUACUGUAGCUGAAGGACGCUUCUUCCAAAAAACUUUGAACUUAAGGUAUAAAAUGUGAGGAGUAUUUUUUUAUUUGUGUAGGAUUUUGAAGAGCAAACCAGCUUUUGCACCCAGAGCAGUGGGGAGCCUGUGUCCCUCCAGCUCUUGCUGGACUACAUCUCCCAUUAUCCCUGAGCCUUGGUCAUGCUGCCUGAGGCUGAUGGGAGUUGGAGUCUGUUAUCCACUGGUGGGGCACAAAUUUCCCACCCCUGACUUAAGUGGGGAUGCAUCUGUACUGCAAACAUGUGGUUGAGCAUCAUGUGUUUUACCUUUUAAGUUCCUUGGCUCCUUCAAAGCUUGUAAUUAAGGGAUAAGUAAUGCAGAAUGUUGGAAAGCAAUUAUGGAAUAAGCAGCAGGAUUGGACUUUGUCUGUUAAAGGUAGGGUUGUGUUUAAACUCAUGGGGACCUUCUCAGCCACUGUUUAUUCUAUAUUUAAGAGCAAUGACAGAUAUCGUAA